AUGAUGGCACCAGCAGAGCAUUUGUGUGUGGUGCUUCUGCUCUGUGUGUGUGCCUGUAGUGGUAUAAGUGACUAUUACUCUGUGCUUGGAGUUUGUCGAUCUGCCUCUGCAAAAGAGAUCAAGAAAGCGUUUCACAAACUGGCUCUUAAACACCACCCUGAUAAGAACCAAAGCCCCAAUGCACAGCAGACCUUCACAAACAUUGUUCAGGCCUAUGAGGUACUGUCUGACCAAGAGAAGAGGAUACUAUAUGAUCAAAUGGACCAUCUUACUAACCCUGGGCAAGGCAGAAAGAGAGAGGGAAAGAAGGAUCAGAGGGAGGAAAUGGGCAGUAAUCAAUUUUUUGAUAAAAGUAAAAGUGGCUUUCAGCAUUUUAGUCUAGAAGAGCUGCUACAGACGCUACAGAUGGAUGAUGGCUUGUAUAUGAGCGGGGAACCUAGUUAUGACGGAUGGAGUUUUAUUUUAGGGGCUGAGGAUGAUGAUGAAAAAGUCUUCCUCAGUGAUCUUUUUAACAUGUUGUGA